AUGGAAGGAAGAAAAAGUGUCGCAAACAAUUCGUCGACUACCUCUGCAGUUAAAGUUCCUACAACUUAUGUCUCACCAUUCUCAAAACCCUUACGACCUCCUAUAAUACCAAAGCAACUUCCUCAUACAAUUGCAAACAAUUCGUCGACUACCUCUGCAGUUAAAGUUCCUACAACUUAUGUCUCACCAUUCUCAAAACCCUUACGACCUCCUAUAAUACCAAAGCAACUUCCUCAUACAAUUGCAAACAAAUUGUCCAACAAUUUGAGUUUUCUUCUCAAAACACAACAGAUACAGCUCAG